CGUUCACCUUAGGCUUGACCUAGUACUACUACAUAUGCAUAUACUGAACAGCAAGCAUGUCACGAACCCCAGCAAAAAGUGUUCGUAUGAGCUUCACAGCAGACGAGGACACCCUUCUCAUGAAAUACAUUGCAACAUAUAAUCCUGCUAAGCAAAACAGAAGCGGAAAUGUCUUGUACAAGCGCCUUGAGGCAAACGUCGACAACAAAUGGAACUGGUCCAAGACACACCCGUGGCAGUCCUGGCAGUGCCGAUACAGGAAAAAUAUGGAUGAAUUUGAUAGGAGGAUAUUGAAGUAUCAGAAGAAGAAAGGAAUCAACCCGAAGAAGCAAUCGGGGACGGAGCCUCAGUUUCCGUCUUCUGAUGAAGAAGAAGCUGCGGGGGACCAUUCGAAAGAGGCACGCAAAGGAAAAAAGCGGGCUGGUGACCAAGACAGUUCUGAGCAGCGGAAAGUAAAGCGAGCGAGACUGGAGAGAGACCAGCCAGAUGCUGGGAGUAGUCCCUCCCCCUUGGUGAAGACCAAUGGGACACGCCAAAUUCCCGCCGUUGGACCAAGUGCCCAAGCUCGUAGUUCUCACCCUUACCAGGGGCCAUCAGACAUUAUGUCCGACGAGCCUCCGCCUUCCCCGAAAUCAGCAAGCACGUUCAAUAUUCCUUCGCUCCCUUCUCGCUCAGAUACCUUGCCAGUCCCAUCUUCCCAACCCAAUUCUCCUGUCAGGAUCCUGCCACCAAUCUCGUCCCAGCUCCCACCAAGUUCUCAGCCUCUUGCAUCAUCUUCACAGCAGGUAGUCACCCCAAAGCCGCCGUCACGGCCCAAACGAGUCUUGAAGCACAAGUCCGUUUCUCCCAUCUUCGGCUCCCUCUCGCCAACAUGUGAUCGUUCUACCCCUUUUAAGACGAAAAUCCUCCCCAAAAUGGUGGAAGGGCACUUUACAACGUCACUCACUGAUCGGCUGGGUCGUGUGCGACUAGGUGGUCGCUCUGAGGAGAAACAGACAGUGGCUUGGCCUCCCGUUCGGGGCAAGAAGGGCAAAGAGAAAGAGGUAGCGCAAGUACCAACUGUGUUAACUUCUCCAACAGUUCAGGAACGUGAACGCCAUCCCGUCAACGGAUCCGAGUCUCAGACAUCACCAGCUGCAGUGCCUCUAAAGCGCGAAUCAGAAUCUCAGCGACCUCCAGCUCCUCUUCCACUACAUCAUAUGGAGUCUGAACAUCACCCCUUCAGCCAAGUCCCACUUCCUCCCCUUCCCCCUCCUCAUCCUCCACGUAAUCCCAAUGGUGCAGAUGAAGCUGAAUCUCCUCUGAAGCAUCGCUCGACGAACGGGGUAGGCCACCUCGUUAAGAAUCUGUGGGACAGAAACCGAGACAACGUUAUGAGCCCAGCAUCGGUUAUAGCCCAACCUGUGGCCGGGCCGUCAAAACUAACCACUGCUGCCGGGCCUUCGGGUCUCACAUCCUCUGCUGAACUACCGUAUGGACAGCCAGCCGUUGUGCCUUCUGCCACACCAACGAGCAAGGAAAGGGCACGCUUACCGAACGCACCGUCGUUAGCUCAAAUUUCCACUGAAUCUACUUCGAGUACGAUAGCUACCGUCCAACAGACACAGGUUCCAUCGAGGGAAGACUUUGCUCCCAUCUUAGAUGCUCACUCAAUUGUCCUACCACAAGAAAGGAAUUCACAUUCGCCUGGUUCAGUCCCUCAUAGAUCAAAUAUGCAGCCACUUCCCACACCGGGUUCACCAUUCCUACUUUCCAAUACAGACAAGGGCAAAGGGAAAGGGAAACAGCACGAUGCCGAGCCUCCGGUGACACAUGCUCAGCGUCUACUCAAUCGUACUCAAAAGCGACACCGGAGAAAGACAGUCGGUGGCUGUGACCUGCCACGCAUGGACCUUCGCACUCUAUCAGCAGUGUCGGCUUCCCGAAUCUCUCGCUCUAGAGGUAGUAGCUCAGCAUCUCGCUUACCUCACCGCCCCUCCCUCCCUGUCCAUUCCACACCAUCGGCCAUCCCAGCUGACCUCUCCAGCUACCUUAUCACGCCUGGACCUGCGAUUCCAUCAGUUCCACUUGAGCUCAUAACGCCUGUUGACUUACCCCUGUCCGCCUCUGUCGGAUUCAGAUCCAUAAUAUCACGUAUCGCUGCCGCGCAUGGAUACUCACCAGACGUCGUGCUCGAGGUUUACAAGCGCGUCGAAAGCUUGGAGGAGACUGAGAAGUGUAUAAGGGGCAUGCGCGACGCUUCUGAGAGCUGGAUUGAAGCGGCACUCGAGCAGAGAGAGAGGGAAGCGCGUAGAGCCAGGAGAGCCUCGAAUGGCGGGGCAAAUGACAGGGAGAGCAGAGAGAGCGAUAAUAGCGACGACAAACCGCCUCGUGGCUCUCGUCAUCGGCCAUCCUUGCAGCAAGCUCUACCAGAGCAGCGGUUGCCGAAUGGGCUGCGGGUACGGCAUGAACCUGGUUUGUAUGAGUUGGAAUAUAAGCCUCUACCUACGAAACAGGCAGCGCUGAAGAAGCGAGCGUCGAUGGAUGAAGGCGCCAGUAUGGGUACCAGCUGGAGGGCGGUUACAGGGCAUUACAGAACUAAUCAGGUAGAGGAUGAGGCGGUAGAGAAUACUGUCGACACUGGUAGUGAAGGGGGCGAUGAUGAAGCCGCCUCAGGAGAGGAAGAUGAAGAAAGCACCGACGAUGUCAAACAAGCAGAAGAGGAGAAUGUUGUGGAGAAGCUCGUUUCUGAAUCUUCAUUGGAGGACCUUCAGGAUCAGGAUGAUCCCGAGUAUGACACCGAAAAUGAACCCGAGCUUGCGCCCGAUGAUGCAGAGCAGCUUGAUGAGGAUGACCGGCAUCACGAUUUCUCACUCCGAGAACGUCCUCGUGCCAUACGUAUCAAGCACGAAAGCCUGACACCACCCUCACUUUACGGGUCGCAUGGGGAUUCCGCCCAGAAUGGGAAAGAGGUAUUGAAUGGUGCUUCGUCGGACGUUCGCCGCACACGUUCAGUAUCUCCGCCCUGGAACGCGGAUGAGGGUAUAAUCCCCCUUUCGGGGAAUGCUCGGAUGCACCAGAUGCUUGAGAGGCGAUUGGGAAAACAUGGCAUGAAAAAAAGGGUUGCGCAACUGCUGCGAUAGCAUUGGAGUUCAGAACGUUCAGUAUCUAAGCAUGUACGCAGUGUUUCUUUUUUUUGUAACGAAACAAUGCUGGAAUUUAC